AGAACAUUAUUCCCUCUUCCCUACUGAACUUUAAAUGACAGAAACCGUCAGCUCUCCUAGAGAGAAUGGAAAUGAUAUUCAUACCAAAGAUCAUGUUACAAUGCCAAACGGAGACGUCAAGCUGGAUGAGAUGAACGAGAAGAAUAAGCAGCAGUACAACCAGAAAAAGUCGAAGACGCUGAACAGAGAGAGCUCCUAUGGCGAAAUCCACGAGCAAGGCCCUGAAGCCUUUUUUGAGGCCGACAACAAUGCCAAUGAGAACCCUGCGCCCAUUCCCCAUUUACAGCAGGUGCCACGGGGUGACAGCUAUGACGAGUCGCAAGAGAAAUUAGACCACGGCUACGUUGGAAAGUCAUGGCGUGCUGAUAGCCGACCAGGAUACAGCAACAAAAUAUAUACAUCCGUCAUGCUGGAAGACAGCGAACACGAAGGUCGUCCCAGCGUCUACCUGUUUAUCUUCGUCAACCCUCUCAGUGGUGAUCAGAAGGGCCAAGAACUUACCCGAAUGGCCAUUCAGAGUUUCCGCUUGAAGCAAGCUCCCGAAGUUCAAGUUCAAAUUUACAACAUCUUGGAUGACAAAGAUCGUGAACUUGGAUUUGAAAUGCUCAAGCUCGUUGAAGGCAUGGCCGAACGAGACGAACUAAUGCCUGUUCCUGAGAACUCGAAAAUCGGUACAACUGCUCGAAGAAGACAAAUUCAUGUUUGGAGUGCUGGAGGUGACGGAACCGUCAUGAGUGUCUUUGAAGAACUUGUCUCCCAUAAAGUCAAUCUCGAUAUUGUUUAUUUUUCAUGUAUACCCUUCGGCACUGGAAACGAUUUUUCACAAGUUUUAGGAUGGGGCCGAACUAUUCCCAACAAAGAUAUUCUUGGAACCUAUUUGAACCACUUGGUGGAUCUAUCUCUUCAACGUCUUCAAGGUGAGGCGGCCAGACUUGAUAUCUGGGAACUGGAGAUUUCUACGCACGAUACUGGUUACGCCCGCAAGGCAGGCAAGAAGCAUCGCGACGAUAAUUCCAAGAUCGUCACCAGAAAAAUGUGUAACUACAUGAGCAUUGGCGUUCAAGGCUACGUAGGCAGUGGCUUCGAAAAUCAACGAACAGGAACACGAGAGUUCAAUGUUCUCGUCUACGCAUAUGAGAGCGCAAAAUGGAUGCGCCGAGGAUUCCCACCUGUCACUAAGAUGAUAGAAGGCAUGACUCAAGGUGGCAAGAAGGUCUUGCGAUGCCGUAACCCUAAUAAAAAGGGAGUUCACAAAGCUGCUGUAGAAGACGAACCUGAACAGGAAGAUGAAAAUGUGCCAGUCAUGACGAAGCACCCCAUCGACUUUGUUAUCCAGAAUAUCCCUCAUAUUUGGGGAAGAGAAGUUGAUCUGUGGGGAAAUGCUGUGUCUGGUUUGGAGGUAGUCGACAACCGUACGGGUCCUACUGACCCCUCCCUUUGGUCUCCUCAGCGUGCGAAUGACGGAAAGAUGGAGGUCUUGGUCCUCAACAGCAUGUAUUCUUACCUUAAAAAACUCGCCAAUUUCCAGGACCAUGUUUCACGUGUUGGCCAAUUCGCCUCUCCUUUCCAAAUCGAUUUUAGAGAACCAGAUCUUACUUAUAAGAGCAAAUGGUGGAGACGCAAGAAGGACAAGACGGACUAUAAGGAUCCUUCCGUUAUUUGCAUCAUGUGCGAUGGUGAAUUUUAUGAAGUCAAACACCCAAAAUCUAUCAAGUUCAGAAGAUUUGCUCAGAUCACCACCUUAGGAAAUGCUGAAGGAAACUCACGCCUUGUUCGGGACGAAAAAGAGGCUAAAGAGAACAACACUGGUGAAGAAGUAGACAGAGCACAGCAAGAUGUUAAUGAUUAUGUCCAACCCAGCGAAGAACGAGUAGAACGUCAACCCGAAUUGAACGGACCAGACCCUUCCCAAACUAAUGAAGAAGUCGAUAACACACCGGCUAAACCCGUCGCAAAAGAAGGCCCCCUUUAAGAGCAUUAUAAAUGCUCGCCAAAAUUGAUAUAUAUAUAUUUUUUCUUUUGUGUUUUGUUUGGUUGGUUAUUAUUCAAUGUUCUUCUACCUUUAGUUUUGGCCGCUCUUUGUCAUAACUCGCCAUGGGCAAUCGUAUAUCCCACUUUCUUUUACAUUUAUAUAAUCUACUUUUUUUGUAAUUUCAUGACCAGCGAAUACAUUUUGUAGAGUGGAGAUUGGUCUUGAUAUCCACAGGUAUUAAAUAAAUCGUGUACAACUUACCCGUAAGUGAAUAUAAUAGCUAUUGGCAAGGAUUCCAUGGUAAACUCGAUAUACAAGACAAAAGAUUUCCCGUCUGUC